AUGGCUUUGCUACUAGAGAAAAUUAUGCGCACAACUGAAGUGAAACGCUUGUAUAUUCUUAUGAGACCAAAACGUGGCGUGGAUAUACAUGAGCGUAUUGGCUCCUGGCCCACCGAUCCGGUUUUCCAGAAUUUGUUAAAUGUUAAGGCCAAUGCAUUUGAAUGCUUGGUGCCCAUAGCUGGUGACUGUGCGGAACUUGAUCUUGGCAUUUCCGAGCAGGACAGACAGAUAUUGAAGAAUGAAGUACAGAUUGUUAUACACAGCGCAGCGACCGUGCGUUUCAAUGAGCCGCUGCAUCAUGCGCUGGACAUCAACGUUCGUGCCACCCGCCUCCCGAUGGAAUUGGGCAAGGAAAUGCAGCAUUUGGAGUCUUUCGUACACGUUUCCACUGCCUUCUCCAACUGCGUCGUAAACCACAUCAAGGAGACUUACUAUCCGGAGCUUCUCAGCUGCCCAGCCGCAAAGGUUUUGGAAUUGAAAGAGCAGCUGAGUAAUGAGCUGCUUGACAAAAUGACGCCCGCAUUACUGGACAAAUUUCCCAAUACCUACACCUAUACAAAGGCGUUGGCCGAGCACCUGGUCCAGACUGAAUCGGGAGAUCUACCAAUAUGCAUCUUCAGGCCGGGCAUAAUUAUUGCCAGUUACAAGGAGCCUGUGUCGGGCUGGAUGGAUAAUUUGUAUAAACCUAUUAGUAUACUCUAUGCCGCUGCUUUUGGAGUGAUGUGUAUUUGUCGAGUCGAUGUAAAAAAAGAGGCGAAUGUUGUGCCCGUGGACUUCUGUGCCAAUUUGUUGAUAGCGAGGGUCUGGAAAACAGCCAUUGAUGCAAAGAGCAUGCGCAUCUAUUUGGUAAAGGAGGAGCCUGGUAUUGAGUCUAUGGAGCGGGGCCAAAAAAUUCGAGCAAUAUUUGAGAUCCUUCAUCGUUUAUUACAAGUGAUCGUUUGCAGCGCCGGCGCGGCUAUUUUAUGGUCUAUGCUCAAAUUACUUAUCAGUUUCUAG